AUGGACAAACGUGACGUCAGUUCUCUGACUCUGGCGGCCGACAGAGAGAACUUGAAGAGGAGCGUGAGCCAUCAGGCACUCGCCGCCAUAGCCGAACUUCAUUCGGAGGAGAAACUGUGUGACGUGGUGCUCAGGGUCGGUGACGUUGAGCUAAAAGCUCACAAGAUCAUCCUCUGCAGCUGCAGCUCGUACUUCAGCACCCUUUUCACCAGAACCUGGGCCAGCUCGGACCAGCGCACCUACACGAUCCCCGGGGUGUCUGCUGAGAUGAUGCGCCUCAUCAUCACCUACGCCUACACCCACACUCUUCCCCUGACGGAGGACAACGUGGUGGACGUGCUGGAAGUCGCGGACCAGUUCCUGAUCCCGGGGCUGGUUCAGGCCUGCUGCUUCUUCUUGGAGGACCAGCUGUGUCUGGAGAACUGCGUCGGCAUCUGGAGGCUCGUGAGCUUCUUCCACUGCCCCGCCUUCACGUCGCAGGUGCUCAUGUUCAUCGUGCACCACUUCGAGGAGAUAGUGUCCGUGUCCGAGGAGUUUCUGGACCUGUCGGAGCUUCAGCUCGCCGCCAUCGUUGAGAGCGACCAUCUGAACGUGCAAGGAGAGAGCGUGGUGUUUGAAACGGUGCUGCGGUGGAUCAACCACCUGCCGGACCACAGACAGGCUCACCUCAGCUGGCUGCUGCCAAAGGAGGUCAUCGUCUUUGUGCUGUUUGCAGGUUGCCUCGGCGACACGCAGUUCUGCUUCCGCUUUCGCCAAGGCUCCAACAGGAAGUCGUCGCUGGGCUUUUUCCUGGAGACCACGGAUCGAGACGCGCCCCCCUGUCUGAAGCGGGAACAAGGCCACUACUACGGCUACGUGUACUUCCGUCAGGUGCGAGAUAAAUCCCUGAAGAGAGGAUACUUUCAGAAGUCUCUGGUUCUGAUCAGUAAGUUGCCCUACGUGACCUUCUUCCACUCGCUGCUGAAGAUUAUGGCUCCAGAGUACUUUGAGAAGCAGGAGCCCUGCCUGGAAGCUGCUUGUAAUGACAUGGACCGCUGGCCGACGCCUCAUCCGGGACGGAUCCUCACUCUGCCUAUAAUGGGCGUCGUCAUCAAGGUUCGGAUCCCGACCAGUUACGACAAACCAGGAACCUCCCAGCUGGUCCAGUCUGCUCAGAGUGACAGUUCGGUGUCCAUCGUGCUCCAAACCAUCCACGAAGUCGACCUGUUCAGGUGUUUCCACCCGGUUUACUUCCACGUCCAGAUGCUUUGGGAGUUGGUGCUGUUGGGGGAGGCGCUUGUCGUCAUGGCGCCGUCACCUGCGGAGUCGUCUGAAACCGUGCUGGCGUUGGUCAGCUGCAUUUCUCCUCUGCGUUACUGCUGCGACUUCAGGCCGUACUUCACCAUCCACGACAGCGAGUUUAAGGAGUACACGACCAGAACGCAGGCGCCGCCGUCGGUCAUUCUGGGAGUAACCAACCCGUUCUUCGCUAAAACUCUGCAGCACUGGCCGCACAUCAUCCGCAUCGGAGACAUGAAGCAAGCAGCAGAGAUGACCAAGCAGAUGAAGGUCAAGAAACUGAAAAACCUCAAAACUCUGGACUCUAAACCUGGCGUGUACACUGCUUACAAGCCAUAUCUCAACAAAGAUGAAGAAAUCAUCAAACAGCUCCAGAAGGGGGUUCAACAGAAGAGACCCUCAGCGGCCCAGAAUGCAAUUCUUCGACGCUACUUCUUAGAGCUGACUCAGAGCUUCAUCAUUCCUCUGGAGCGAUACGUUGUCAGUCUCAUGCCGCUUCAGAAGUCCAUCAGUCCCUGGAAGAGCCCCCCCCAGAUCCGACCUUUCAGCCAGCAGGACUUCAUGAAGACGUUGGAGAAGGCAGGACCUCAGCUCACGUCCAGGCUUAAAGGAGACUGGAUUGGACUCUACAGGCAUUUUCUGAAGUCUCCCAACUUUGACGGCUGGUUCCGCAGCAGAAGACGAGAGAUGACUCAGAAACUGGAGGCUCUGCACCUCGAGGCUCUGUGUGAGGAGGAUCUUCAGCAGAGGAUCCAGAGGCACACGGAGGUGGAGGCAGUGGACCUGGUUCUGAAGCUGAAGGACAAGCUGAGUCAGGCGGAGAGGGAGCAGCUGCCGGUCUGUCCGGGGACCCUGACCAAACUGAGGGCCCACAUCGAGGCCGUCAUCCUGGCCUUACCAGAGGACCUGCAGGGAAUCCUCCACAAGCCCCCCACGCCGUGACCUUUGACCCCCUGCGGUCUGCUACGCUAACCCGAGCUUGAACUUCUUUAGGAGGUACCGCGUCCUCUGGGCUCGGUUUGAGGUUUUAUCAGGAGCUUCGGUGGUUUUUACUGUAGCGGCUCCAUGGGGGUCAGACUGGACCCCGACGUCUCCGGGA